GAGUGGUGAAGGUGGGAAGGAAACGCGCUGGCGACUCUAUGUAGCCACAGAAACCUCCACAAACGGACGGACGCGCGGGGCAAGUAACGUGCUCUCUCGCGCCCAUGGCUUUUUUCGCCCAUCCAACCACAAGUCCACGCCACACUGAGAGCACGCAGGUGUAGCAGCCUCCUUAGCCGCUCUCCUAUUACUACAACUACCUACUCUCAUUGUCCAUGUACUGCACCUCCCUUCGCGUAGCAGCUUCCUCCUCCUCUGCAGCGCCAAAAGCGGAUUGUCUCUUGUAGCUACGGGAAAAUUAGUAGUAGUGAGCGAUGCUGUGGAGAAAAACGUGGUCUUUGUUUAUGAGGCGGCUUGUGUUGUUAGUGCCGUUGUAAAUGUGCGCACAGCGGGGCUACAGCCAGCACAGAUGACCUGAAGCAGGGAGGGAAAGGCGGUUCCAACUACAACACUUGUUCCACAAAGAGAAAGACCUAUUUCCAUCACCAUGACUGACCAGUACAGUAUGUUUUUAACCACGGCCCCGCCCCUGCGCAGAGGUAGCACACCCUUACCGGUCAAACACCAGCUGAGGAGAGAGGAAGCAGUGUCUGAGGACUGUGACUGGAUCCCAGGUCUGGAAGAACCUGCCACGUUGCCUAUUACUGAAACAGCGGUGCCUCGGGAAGAGUCGUUCGGCCAAACUGCAGCUGCCCAGCCCACGUACCACAGCCAUGGUGGGGCACUGCGGUUAGUGCUGCUGGGACAGAAUGGAGUGGGCAAAUCAUCGCUGGCCUUAUCUCUGGCAGGACAGUCGGACCGGUCACUCUCCAUAGACUCAGAGUCACAGGCAUGCGGUGAAGGUUACGAGUGCUCAGUUACUGUGGACGAUGAGGACAGCAAACUCAUUGUAUAUGACAACUGGAAACAGGACCUGUCCACUCUCCAGUGCGAUGUGUGCAUCCUGGUGUUCUCGGUCACUGACAGACGGAGUUUUCACCGCACCGCCCAGCUCCGCCUCCUCCUGCGGGAGUCUCAGCCCAACACACCAAUCAUCCUCGUGGGCAACAAGAGCGACCUGGUGCGCUCCCGGGAAAUCAGCACUGAGGAGGCUCAGUCUAGUGCCAUGAUGUUCGACUGCCUGUACCUGGAGCUGUCUGCCUCUCUGGAGCACGGGACCAAUGAGCUGCUGGAGGCUGCCGUUCGGACCGCUCGGGGGGACUGCGUAGGACCGGGCUGGACGGACGGAGAUCCAGGGGCGGGGCGCAGGGAGAGCCUCACCAGCCGGGCCAAGCGCUUCCUGUCUGGCCUGGUCCCGAGGUCGUACUGCAGGGAACGGGACAGAGACAGGGGGCGCUACAGGGAGAUGAGCCGUCACCGCGGCAGCAAGAUCUUCAGACAGAAGUCACGCUCCUGCCAUGACCUCAGCUCACUGUGACACAACGCAGCGGAGACCAGAGACUUUUUAUAAUACUACUACAACAACAUAAACAGCAUGUGAGAAGGACAAAACUCUUUGGACUCAACAGAAAAAUAGUCUUGAGCUGUUGGGUAAAAGUCUCAUAUAAAAUAUACCAAUCAAGCAUAACAUUAUGACCACUUGUUGGGAUGAUACUUGUUAACGAGUGGGAUUUACAAUAUUAGAUUUUUUAUGCUUGUUUGGUUGAUAAGUCUGAUCAGAUGUAUUGCAGUUCAGGUUUCACAAUGGUGGUCGUAAUGUUUUGCUUGAUAAAUUACUGAUUACAGAUGACUGAACUGACAGCAAGUGUUACAGAAAUUUUACACAACAAAUUGCACACUUGAAUGGCAAAGUACAACCUCCAUCUUUUCUGUACAGUUUAUGAUGUAUACACCGAGAGGGAAAAAAAUGAAUUCUUUUGGUAAAAUAGUAUUAAGAAAAUUUGCGAUGCAUCAGUCUAAACUUUGGUCUCCUUUCCCCUGAGUUUAACCACUUUGACGAGAAAAGCAGGCCACGGUUUGGGAAAUUAACAGUAAACGAAAGAAGAAAAAUUGUCUGCAACAUGGUUAGUCUCGGUAAUUACUUGACAGAAGAAGGGGAAUUGAACUGGGGGUGGUGGGCACAAAUGAAACACUCAAGUAGUACGCACUGAUUACUUAAAGAAUGAAUAACAUAUACCUGUUGUAGAUUUGUUUUAUAGCAUGCCAAGUAGAAGACAUUACCUUGUAGUUUUUACAAUUAAUACUGGACUUACUGCACCUCAGUGGCCAGUAGCUAAUGCACAAUCUAGCUAGUGUCUCUCUAGCGAUGCCAUGUUACAGGCAAAACCCUUUAUAAACAAUGACUCCCUCUUCUUUGUGCAUUUUAUAACCACGCAUAUCCUACUUGUUCCGGUUUCACGUGUCACCAUCAACAUUUCAUCUUUUUUACCAGUUCUGCUCCAAGCCAUAUCUUUGCUGGCCAUAAGGAACCCUUUACUGGAGGUGGAGGAGCACGCAUACCGUCAGCAUGGCUAUAAAGACAUUUCAGUUGUUUUUACUGAGCAUUCAGGACUAUACAAGGACACACUGAAAACCUUAUCUACCUGUUAUAUUUCAUUUGAUGUUUAUUUUUGAGACUGGAUUAGCACCUGUGUCUCCGUGGGGGCCGGACACACAGGUGAAUGCACACUAAAGACUGGGAACAUAUCUUGAAGCGUGGCAGCGUUCCUAAACAUUUCCACUUCUUUGUCACAGUCGACUAAGCACUCUCAUCUACCCACAG